AUGGAAAACGCAACAGAAGACUAUGGUGAUCUCAGAGUCACUAUGACCUCAGCCUUUGACUGGGUAUGGAACGAUAAGGGUAGUGGAGCUUCGAAGGACUUUGAAGCUUACCAUCCGAAAUCUCAGGGAAACUUGCGCCCUCUAGGAUCUAUUGGGUUUUCUUCCUAUGGUGACAAAAAUGGCAAGUUCGCGACCCUCCUUGUUGGGAACAGCCCAAGUUCUACUGGCAAAGCAGCAGUCGCUAGCCCCACCGGAUACGAUCAAAUUUGGCGUGAUGAGAAGAGCGGAGCCAGUUAUGACGGAUCUUUCUGGAGACCCAGAGCACCCAGUGGGUACGUUUCACUUGGAGAUGUAUGUUCAGGAUCUUGGAGCGCCCCUAGCACUGAUAAGAUUUGGUGUGUUCGUGCUGAUUUAGCUCAAACCUCGAAUCACUUCAGUGCCAAGAUUUGGGAUGAUCAGAAGACAGGAGCUAAGUACGAUUGUUCUGUGUGGGUCAUUGGGCCCCCUUCUACUGGUGUGAAUGGCGGAGAAAAAAUUUCGAUCUCAUCUGAGACUUUUCGCGCCAAUGAUGGCUGGACUGAGCCCAGCAGUGGCCUCGCACAAGUUCUCGCCUUACCGAAUCCCAAAAGUUAUCAGCAGGACGCUUUAUAA